CAGAUUGAAGAUGCCAUGCUUAUGUUUGAUAAAUCAACCAAUAGACAUCGAGGUUUCGGGUUUGUUACUUUUGAAACGGAAGAUGCAGUAGAAAAAGUUUGUGAAAUACAUUUCCACGAAAUAAUGGGUAAAAUGGUAAUUAACUCUAUUUUUAUAUUUGACUUGUAUUGGCAUGGCUGUGUUCUUUUGUCCUUACAGGUUGAAUGUAAGAAAGCUCAGCCAAAAGAAGUUAUGUUACCUACACAAUUAGCACGUGGACGA